CUGACUUUUCCGGCGGCAGCUGAAUGCAGCAGGACGUGUGUGUGUGUGUGUGUGUGUGUGUGUGUGUGUGUGUGUGUACGUGGUGCCGUAGAAGAGAGAAAACAAAACAGUUUCGGUGGUCUGAGGUGAGUUUCAGCUCCGGCCGAUCAUCAAUCCGCUUUUUCUCUCCCCGCAGCGGGCUCACCACCACCGGGCUGCAGGCGAGCCGCUCUGUCGCGGUUACUCACCCGGAGAGGGAGCGCAUUUAUCCCGCUGUGGAGCAUACGAUAACCUGCUAGCAUGUUUAGCACUGGGCCUGUUUAGAGGAGGGUGCACACAGCGGGGGAACCUGCAAUUUGAGCCGGAGGAGGGACUGUUUUAUGAGUUUAUCCCCGAGCGGAGACCUCCGGCUGGUGGCCGCAUCUAGCCGCCUGAUAGCUGCGUCAGGCCGGGGGUAGUCCGGUCCUCGAUGGUCCCUCAUCAGCUACUCUGUGACAACAGACAACACCUGAAUCAUCAGAGGAUGUUAUCGCACUGCUGCUCCGUUGCAGAGGUGAUGAGCAGUAAUGAGUGUUUCGGUUGUGGCCGCAGUGGUCACUGGGUGAAGAACUGUCCGAGCGGCGGGCGAGGACGAGGGAAAGGUCGCGGAAGAGGCAAAGAUCUGUUCUGUUAUCGAUGUGGGGAACUCGGACACGUCGCUAGAGACUGUGAAAGGACUGAGGACGCCUGUUAUAACUGCGGCAGAGGAGGUCACAUCUCCAGAGACUGCAAGGAGCCCAAGAAGGAGCGAGAGCAGCUGUGCUACAACUGUGGGAAGGCCGGACACAUGGCCAGGGACUGCAACCAUGCCCACGAGCAGAAAUGCUACUCCUGUGGCGGCUUCGGACACAUCCAGAAAUGCUGCGAGAAGGUCAAAUGCUACAGGUGUGGGGAGAUCGGCCAUGUUGCGGUGCACUGCAGCAAGGCAUCGGAGUUGAACUGCUAUAACUGUGGGAAGUCGGGUCACCUGGCCAAGGAGUGCACCAUCGAGGCCACCGUCUAGCCACCCUCACCCUCUUUCAUCUCUUCUUUCUUUCUCUUUAUUCAUUUCCUGUGAUCCUCCUCUUGUCAUUGGCCCAGAGGCCUGUCAGUCAGCCUCACAGCAGCCAGUCAGAGCAGGUGGAGGAAGGGGAAGGGACGGACACUAAAAAAACCAAAAAAAAUGAAUGAGAAAAAACUGAGUUUGUGUUUUUAGUGUGUCAUGAUGUGCAAAGCUUUGUUUUAGAGAGAGUAGAGUGAAAAACUAAAUAACAUGUGUGUGGGGGUGGGGGUUAACUUUAUUUUCUUGUUCUGGACAAAACCCAGUUUGUUGAAAGGAAUGUGAUUGGCCCCGCCUCCAGCAAACAGCCAAUCACCUUGCGAGUCUGGACACUUUAUUAACACAAAGGGAAACAAAUGAGCCAAUCAGGUCACAGCAGACAACAGAAGGAAUGUUAAUAAUUCAUAAAUUAAAGGUGCAUUUUGUUGCUUUUUGGACCAGACGGAUCACCUCACCGAUGAAGACAAAAGAGUAAUAAUUGAAAGAAAAAAAUAACAACACAAUUUUAAGUCUGGAGAGAGAAUGUUUUCACAAGAACAUCCAAAUGUUAUUUUUGUAUAUCACUCAGAGCUACUGUAAAAAUGUAAUUUGGUUGUACUGCAGACUGUAAAUUUAACCUGAGAAUAAAAAACAUGAAAGAGGAGAAAGACGAUGGAGCCGAGA